UGAAAUUUAUGCUCAGCAGGAGAUAAUUUACAUUUCCGCUGAGAACUGAUUAACUGGACAGAAAGUUGCUGAUUACAUGACAGAAUUAGAAGUGAAUAUAAAGGUGGAGACAACCUGGACGACAAAGUACCAGGGUCACAAAGACGACUGGGUCCAGACGGAGGUUUUUGGUAUGUUGAAUAAAAAAUUUACUGCACAAAACAAGAAGGAGGAUGUGGAGGAGAGAGGACACUGGGGCAGUAAGGUGGAGUUUCUACUGGCCGUGGCGGGAAAUGUUGUCGGCCUGGGCAACGUAUGGAGGUUUCCUUACCUCUGCUACAAAAACGGAGGGGGUGCAUUCCUGGUGCCGUAUGUGGUAUUCGUGGUGACAUGUGGUGUACCCCUGUUCCUGCUGGAAACCACCAUAGGCCAGUACACCCAGGAGGGCAGCGUGACCUGCUGGAGGAAACUUUGCCCACUGGCAGAAGGAAUCGGCUAUGGUGGACUGCUGAUUGUCCUCUACAGCUGUAUGACCUACAUCAUCAUUCUUGCCUGGGCUUUGCUCUACCUGGUGUUCUCCUUCAGCUCCCAGCUGCCCUGGUCCAGCUGCAGCAACGACUGGAACACAGAUGACUGUGUGGACUUCUCAACAAGAAAUAACACCAUUCAAUGGCCCAAUCAGACGAACUCAUCCUCUGCUGCCACAGAAUUCUGGGAACGACGAGUGCUGGCUAUUUCAGGGGGGAUUGAGGAGAUAGGCAGCAUCAGGUGGGAGGUGCUGUUGUGUCUUAUUGCCGUGUGGGUCACCUGCUACUUUUGUAUCUGGAAAGGAGUCCGAUCUACAGGCAAGGUGGUGUAUUUCACUGCUACCUUCCCUUAUGUGAUGUUAUUCAUUCUUCUGAUCCGUGGACUCUCUCUUCCUGGUGCUUUGCAAGGAGUGUUGUUUUAUCUGCUGCCUGAACCCUCACGACUCACAGACCCUCAGGUGUGGAUGGAGGCUGGGGCUCAGAUCUUCUUCUCGUACAGUGUGGGUGUGGGCUCUUUAACUGUGCUCGGCAGCUACAACACCUACAACAACAACUGCUAUAAAGACUGUCUGUGGCUGUGUUUGCUGAACAGUGCUACCAGUGUGGUAGCUGGGUUCGCAGUCUUCUCUGUGCUUGGGUUCAUGGCUCAUGAGCAAGGCAUUCCCAUUUCAGAAGUGGCAGAGUCAGGUCCAGGACUGGCCUUCAUUGCUUACCCUCAGGCUGUGGCCAUGAUGCCUCUGCCUCAGCUGUGGUCCAUCUGUUUCUUUAUUAUGCUCCUUCUCUUGGGUCUGGACACACAAUUUGUCGCAAUGGAGGUAGCGAUAACGUCCAUCAUAGACAUGUUUCCUGCUGUAAUGCGCAAAGCAGGCCGACGGGAACGUUUCCUCCUUCUCUUCUGCCUCACGUGCUUCUUUUGUCAGCUCAUCAUGAUCACUGAGGGAGGGAUGUAUGUGUUCCAAAUGUUUGACUACUACGCUUGUAACGGAGCCUGCAUCCUCUUUCUGUGUGUGUUUGAAACCCUGGCACUGGGAUGGGUAUUUGGGGUCGAGCGGUUGUAUGACAUCAUAGAGGAUAUGACGGGUGUGCGUGCCAAUACAUUCUUUAAAAUCUGCUGGCUCUAUCUCACACCGCUGGUCUCACUGGUCUCUUUUAUAAGUUCCUUGGUGGUGUACCAGCCUCUGACCUUCAAUCGCUGGUAUGUGUACCCAUUCUGGGCAUAUGUGGUGGGCUGGGUACUGGCCCUGUCCUCCAUUGUACUUGUGCCAGGUUGGGCAUUAUAUAAACUGGGAACUGGGACUGGAACCCUCAGUCAGCGUUGCCUUCGGCUGUGCCGACCUGACCCUGACUUCUCACUGACCAAAGGCAGAGAGCAUGAGCUGCAGCACAUUGGAGGGGAAGAAGUGCAGAAUUCAGCUGGCUGAUGUGAAAGAUUCACCUGAUCCUCAGCUGUUUGGCAUCUGCAUCUAUAGGCCCUACAUGUACGAGCUGGUACCAAGCGGCCUGGUUGCUGACUACGAUAUGUUUUUCUCUGCUUAACAGGUUUUUCAUAGCUGUGUGUAUGUCUGUUAGCAGACGAAAGAACUACUGAAUAGAUGUUCAGAAACUUGUUGGAAAGGUGGGGUACAGGGUAUUUUAUAGCAAAGGGGUGGAUUUGUUUUUUUAUCCCUUUCUUUAAUAUUGUGAGAGAGGAUGUUAUUUCGAUUUUUUGGACUUCCUCAAGAAAUAAUGCCAAGACCUUUAUGAAAAAUGUCAGGCAUGGGUAUAACUAAUAUUAAGAGAGGGGAGAUUUGUAGCUGUUCCAGAUUUGGGAAAGUAUUUCAGUAUCAAAUAGUGCUAGGUGUGUAAAGCAUCUACCAAUGUGUAGAUAAUGAAGACAUAAUAUUUCUAUGUAGAUGGUAAAUCCAUCUGAUCUCAAUAAAUGUAUAUGCAAU